CGCUGUUCCAAUGCUGACAACAUUACCUAUCCGACAGACGAACAGGGAGUAUCGUUCUCAAGACAAACAAAGCCCUCUUUCCCUGUCUUUCUUCUGUACUCUUUUUUUGUUUUGUUCCUUCUCUCUCGUUCUUGGUUGUUCAGCCUCUUCUCUAGCUGCCUGAGGAAUCUGAAUCUGUGGCCAGGCAGGCAGGAUACCUGAAUUAGCCUCAUAAUGGACGACAACACUACAGACACCGCUGUGAGGCACUUAACAUCAUGUAGAAUUGACUGCAUUUAAUGGCAACUGAGAUGGCAGCCAGCGACAGCCAUUCCUUUGUAUUAUAGUGUUGCUUGGUUUCAACAAAUCAAUACAACAUUAAGGAAGAGACUGGAUUUACAUUUUUCAAUACAAGCUCAGGGCCAGAACUGGAUUGAUAUUUUCUUUGUUGAUACAUUUUUUUUUUGGGGGGGGGAUACUGAUAUGGAACACUGUUGCAGCCAACGUCAGGGAUGGACUCCUCUCUCAAUGUCAUAGUCUCUAAGAAUAAGUAUUUGUGUGUAAACUUGGAUCAUUAAAACUUGUUUUGGAACUCUGGAGUGGACUACGCCCCUGAUUCUAUGAGAUUCUAGUCUUGUUGGGUGUUCUGGCCAGAGACUGUAGAAACUAAACAAACUAAAUUGAUGCUGCAUUCUUGUCAAGUAGCAACCGCCCGGAUAAAGAUUGUCAACGUCUAAGCUGUGGAAACAUAAAGAAUCUUAACUGCAUUCUAGACAAGGAAGAACCGCCCAGACACAGAUGCAUUGUUCAAGCUUCUAAACAUUAAGGAUCUUAACUGCUCAGUUAGCUGCUGCAUGUCAUUGUGAAAGUGUCAGUGAACCUGUCAGUCAUCCUAUUGAAGUGCCAAUGUGGUUAUGAGUGAUAAGGUUUUACAUUAGGAGAGGGUACAGUCCGGGGGCGUUGGGAGGAGUGUCAGUGUGUCAGAGACAGUUACUGUUAUGUCACCUAUUAUCAGACAGUCAUUAUAAUUACUAUCAAGAUUUGUGAUAAUUAGUAGUCCGAAAAAUCAGCUCCGCCGUGUGUGUCUAUGGAGGACAGAAUAGAAUAGAAUUCAAAUGUGCUUUGCAGCAAAGAACUGUGGUGAAAUGCUGCUGAUGAACAAUAGUGAUGGGGGAGCUUUGUGUAACAGUAGUAGUGGUGGGGGCCAGGGGAAUGGGACAGACGGGACCGAGGUGAAUAAGUUAUUGGUGCCCAUGCUGGACGGCCUCAUCCUUGUGACAGGCCUGGCGGGCCACUGCCUGGUCAUCUCCAUCCUGGCUGGCCGCAGGAGGCGAGGUGGGAUGCCUCCUCAUGGAACCGACACCCUGCUGCUGGCUCUGAGUGCUGCUGACCUGCUGCUGUUGCUCUGCCUGCCCUUCCACACCACCGCCAUCGCCCUGGGCUCCUGGCCCUUCGGCAGCUUCCUCUGCAAGGCCGUCAGCUUCCUGGGCGUGGCCUGUUCUUCCGCCUCAGUCUUCACGCUGGCUGCGCUCGCCGUGACCCGCUACCUGACUGUGGUCCACCCCACCUGGUCCUACCGCUCCCGCAUGCACAGCCGCCUCAAAUUGACCGUGGCGCUCCUCUGGGUUCCCGCCACAGCCCUGGCAGCUCCGCAGUUUGCUUUCCGCAUGGUGGCGGUGUCCAGCGUGUUCCACUGCUUCGCCUUCCUGGGCGGCCUCAGUCAGCUGGUAUAUAGCACGGCGUUGUUCCUGUUUGCCUUUGCGAUACCAUUGGGGGUUAUUGUGAUGAUGUACGCCAAGAUCUACUGCUUCCUGCGCCAGAAGAGACUGUUGGGACAUGCCCCCCAGCUGGAGCGCUACCAGAGCCAGGUGACCCACACGUCAGCGCUGCUGGUGCUGGUCUUCACCCUCUGCUGGUUGCCCUCCUAUGGCCUCAUGUUCUCCCUCUUAGGGGGAAAGAUCUCCAGUAUCCCCAGCUACCGCUGUAUAGCCAUCUUUGUCCGCCUCCUGGCGUCUUCUGCAGCGGUGGUUAACCCCGUCCUCUACAUGUUCAUGUCCAAUAAGUUCAGGAGGGAUCUGAUGGACUUGGGCCGGGAGAGAUGGGAGGGGUGCAGGCGGUGUAUAGUAGGGUGUAAGGGGGUGGUGGGGGGAAGGGACAUGGUGCAGCCCUUCAACCCUGUGGAGCUGGAUACGCCACCACUACCCCUACCCGGAUUCUAAGGGUUACUAUGAAAACUCUAUGGACAUUCUGUGGAUACUUAAUGGAUACUCUUUAAUGACGCUCUAUGGACAUUCUAUGAACUUUCUAUGGAAACUUUAAGGACCACUAUAGGCACUCAAUAGUCCACUCUAUGGACCAUUGUGGACCUUCUAUGGACACUAGGGAAACAUGUUUGAUUUGAAUAAGAUCUGUCUUACAACCUCAACAUCAUUUCAUUUCAAUAAACACAAUUAGCUCA